AUGAGACAUCGGGAAGCUGACAUGGUCUGCAUCUGCAGCAUCAUCAACGAUGCGGACGAGCAAAAGAUAAGCGUUGAAAAGCUUGUUCGCCUUGCACGCGAGUGCGGCAAGCCGCUUCCGAGUCAUACCAAAUGUGGAACUUACACCGUCCCUGCAUAG